UGGACCGCGCACACGCAGCCCGCGCCGCCCUCGUCCUUCGUGCCGAAAUUGGUCUUUUGCGCCGCGGCGAUGCGUUCCUGGUUGAGCUCCUCUUGGGUCAUUUUCGAUUCUCUUUCUUUGCGCGCUGCCUUCUCUUGGGGCGUCUCGAGCUUGGCCUGCGCGCGUCGUUGCGUCGAUGGCGUGCAGGUGACAAAUGCAGUCAAGGCAAAGUUGAUUUGUGCACUGAGCUCACUGGUUGGAGCGAGCGGUCAUAGCCGUACAUUUUUAUCAAUCGAACGGUGCCCGAGAAUCGAUUCUUGCGCGAAUCCGCGCUCCGCGGGCGCCGCUCUGCAAAUCGGGUUCAGCAGUGCAUGUCGCAUCGACAGCUAGCUAGGCUCGUCGCCGUUCAUGCCAUCGAUAGAACUUACCAGAAGGUCGCAAGAAAUCAUUGUUCCGGCCUUAAAUUGAAUCUGUGCAAAACUAGUACGGCAGAGAGCUCUGAGAGCCAGUGAGCUUGAGAGAGCCAUGAGUUACAAGGACCGCGAGGCGGCCGGCGACCGGGCGGUCGCCGCUGCAUCGGGCGCGAGCGCCCACGCGGCGGUUUCGUGCCGCAUGGCCGCGACGACCAUCGCUGCCAUCGCGACGGCCGUCGACGCGCUGGACACCGUCGACGCCGACGAGCCGCGCGCGCGAGCGACGCCACCGCCCGUCCUGGCAACGCAAGGCACGGACGACGCCUGGGCCGACUGGCGAGGUUGCGUGUGCGGCGGCGGCGCCUACGGCGAGAUGGUCGCCUGCGACGGCGGCUGCGACAACUGGUUCCACUUCGCGUGCGUGGGCCUCGCGAGCGCGCCGCGCGGCGAGUACAUCUGCGACGCGUGCGGCGCGGGCUUUGGGUUCCGGCGCGCCUACGACGACGAGGAUGACAGUGACGCGCGCGCGAUCGCGUGCCUGCAAGAAAACCCCAAGAAGCCGGGGACGGCCUGCAACCUGCGCUACGAAGCUUAUAAAUCCGCCACGACCGUCGCCGAAUUUUUAGAGAAGGGCGGGACGCCCGCCGACUUGACGCAUGAUGUGGGCAAGGGCUUCGUCUGGUACCUCGACGCGGACAACUCCCAGGAGGACGGUCGACGACCGCGCGGAACCAAAACGUGCGCGUCCUUCAAUGUGGACGCUUCGCGCCGACCCGAAAAUUUAUGGCCUAGCGUAUCGACAUACUAGCAUCGACCCGCAGGCUUAGGAGAAGGUGCUCUCCGCAGCGAGGCGCAAGAGAAGGAGGCUGGGGCUGCCUCGGGGCCACCGCGAACCGCCGGAAACAUGAUGUUGCGCCGGAAGGGCACGGCCGCGGCGCCGAAACACGCACCCGAAAAAGUGACCCAACAUGCGACGCGCGGCGCAACCAAGCGCGCCGCCUCGGAAAAGCCGAAGCCGCGGAAGCGCGCGAAGGCCGAGGCGGCCUUCGGCAACGAGCAGGCGCCGCUGCUGGGCCUCGACGUCUACCAUAGAGACGAGGCCGACCUCCGCGAUAAAGCGCUCGGCAGCCCGAUCUGCAUCGUGAGAGGGUUACUGUCUCCUACAACAGAUGACGAGGACCCCUUCGCCCUACCUUUACUCAGGAGGGACCACGGCGCCACGAAGGUCAAGAUGGUCCUGCAACGGCCCAUGUCCAAGCCCGGCUGGAAGCUCCCGCCCCAGACGUCUGCUCUGAGAACAUUAGGACCGUACAUCGACGCCAUGCGGAGAGACCUCGAAGAGAACACGUCGCCGGACACGUCCAAACCCUUAGAAUUCGCUGCGAACGUGGACACGUCUUCCGAGGACAUGGCGCCGCAACUAGACGCUCUAAAAACACUACUACCGGCGUGGCUGCUCUGGCAGUCCGACGAGGACGCGUUGCGCUUCGUGCGGCAGGGCGUGCCGGGCAUGACCGCGCCCCAGUUGUAUCUCAAAAGAAAAGGUGUGUGGACCGGGGGCCACGAGGAGAACCUGCGGUUCUCGUCCGUGAACUGCUGCCACGGGCCUGGUAGUAGUAGGUGGUUCGCUGUUGAUCCACAACAUGCAUCAAAAGUCCGUUCUCUGGUGAAGGAGAAGUGUCAGGUCGACAUCUACGUCGACGAGGGCAACUGGUGGCCCGAUCCUUCUUGGUUGCGGAGUUAUGGUAUUCCCGUGCGCGAGGGUCUGCAGCAGGCGGGCGACGUCAUUGUCUUGAGAGGUGGGACCUUGCAUUGGGUCGUGUGUGAUGACUUGCCCUCGGUGCAUAGUUCGUGGAACUUCGGGGUCCAAUGCGCGGAGACCUUCGAGGCGGCGCUUGAGAGAGCUGCGUUGAACGAUGUCAUAAGGUACCCGAACAUCAUCGCCGUGAGGUCGUUGUUGCUGGAUCUGGCGGCGCAUCUAGUUUCGCAGGAAGAUACUGAUGCAAAACUAUUAGCCGUGUGUUCCCAGAGUGCCGCGGUCGUCGCGAGAGCAGCUAGAAGAGACGAGGCCGCCAUCAAACAAGCGAGACUCGGCGUCGAGGGCGAGCCCGACGGCGCGCUCGUCAUCCGCUGCGACGCGUGCGGCGCGGACCUGCCGGUUUUCUAUUCAAGGUGCGACUCGUGCUUCGGUUGUCAAAACGGCACGCCCUUCAUGUGCGUCUCGUGUGGCUUGCGGCAUAGAAGGCGCCAUAGAGAUAUAUCAGCGGUGGCGAAGCAGUCUAUUAGUGAGGUCGAGGCGCUUGCCACAAAAUGCGCGUCGUUGUGCGGCGCGCCUCCUCCGGACUUCACGGCGCCCGAGGUCGGGAAGAAGCGCGGCGCCAUGAAGGCCUGCCCGCAGUGUGCCAAGCUCAUCCCGAACCGCUGCGAGACGUGCCCGGCCUGCGGCGGCUGCGCCGUGCGGAAGCGCUCCUCCAAAAAAAAGAAGGACGGCGUGCCGCCGGCGUGGACGGACGCCGCGGCGGAGCUCGCCGUCGCCGCAACACGCGACCCGCAGAAGGUGGUCUUCGGGCCCCAGCGCGGCCCGCGCGACGUCUCCGCCGCGCCGGGGUUGAGCCCCGCGGCCUUUGAGUCCCAGACGCCGUCGCGGGCGCCGUCCGCCGGGAGCUGGGCGGACCUGGGGGCGCCGCCGCCGGGCCGCGAGAGCAGUGGAAGUUGGGGCGACCUCGGGGUCUUGGCGGAGCCCGCAGCGCUCUCUACCGUUGUACCGGCGGCGGCGCUGCCCGUGGAAGCCGCGCUGCCGCCGGCGUACCUCGACCUCGCGGGCGUGCCGGCCAUCGUCUCGCCGCCCAACAUGCGGCGCGUCGCCUCGGAGCCGUACGAGCCGCUCCUGUUGGACGCGGACGUCCUGCGCACGGCCGGGCCCAUCCACCCGCUCGUGAUCGACGACGUCCUGCCCGUGGCCCUCGUCCAGACGACGCCCUGAGCUGUUUCCCUUCCCCGAUCGUUCCUGUAAAAGCAAGUGAAGUCCUGAA